CCAUUAGUUGACAUACCUAAAGCUCGUAAUCUGAUGAGUGAGUGUGAACGUCACGUCAAUUUUGCCAGAAGAGAAGAACGUCCUGAUGAUUGGGAAGAUCACAUUUCAAAAACUGAUUGGUCCAUGCAACAGAAUAGACUAUUUACUAAAAUAAUGAAAGCUUUACAAGCAGAUAAACUGGCUAGAUUAACUUAUGAAGGGACAACAAAUGAACCAAUAAUGAGGAGAAUACACAUUGAUAAAACUGCUCGAAGAAUAAGACAAGCUCUUGCUAGUUUUGGAUGGGAUAUGAAGCUUUCCCAGUGGUUACAUAAUUUUCUUGUCCAAAAUCUCAGUCUACAAUUACUAUCAGCUUAUUUAGAUGUUUUACAGACUCUCAGAGCUAAGAUUCCAGAACUUAUAGAUCGUAUGAUUAGUGAUAGUAUUGGUAAUUCUAUGACUCCAAUAGAAGCAGAUGGUUUGAAUUUAUUGUUAAAGAGACCCUGGGAUCCUGCUCAUUCUGUAUGGUCCCAUGAUAAACUGAAAAAACUGCCAGGUAACCCCCUGUUAUUAUUAGUACCAAAUGGUCCAAAUAAUAACUCUGUUACACAAUCCAAGCGGUACAAAUUAUGGCAGAGUCAGUUAACUAAUAUUGCUAAGGUGAUACAAGUAUCAGUACAUACUUCAUCUGGUCACCACAAUACAACAGUUACACAAUGUCUAGAAAAUAUGAUCCAUGCUGUUCGCACUAAAAUACAAGAGUUAAAAAAUCAUUUUCCCAGUAAACCUAUAGUGUUAAUGGGGUGGAAUGCUGGAGCUUCUAUAGCCUGUCAGGUAUCUAUGAUAGAACACGUUAGUGCUGUAGUCUGUUUAGGAUUCCCUUUUACUAGUACAAGUGGUUCCAGAGGUGAUGUAGAUGAUUCCUUAUUAGACUGUAAAGUUCCAGUAUAUUUUGUUGUGGGUCAGAAUGCUAACACUAAUGAACUGGAUAAUCUAGAACAUCUGAGAGAUAGAAUGAAGACAGAGACAGGAUUACUGGUUGUCGGAGGCUCAGAUGAUCAAUUAAGAAUGUCCAGAGCUAAGAAGAAAAUUGAAGAAGUAACUCAAGCAUUAGUUGACAGAAGAAUUAUGGUAAGCCGGAAUAUCAACAAGUUUCAUUUUGUGUUCUUGAUAAGGGAUACACCACAUGCAAUCCAUGAUCUGAGGAAAUUGUUUAAUGCAAAGAUUCCUAAGUCACUGUUAUUCAACCAAUCAAAUGUUCUAAUCUUUAAAAAAAAUGUCAAAUCUAUGUGA